GAGCAAGGAAAGUGUUGUUGAAUACAGGCUUCUCUCUCUCUCUCUCUCUCUCUCUACCGGCCGGCUGGUGAGCGAGUGGCGGCGGGAUGUCAACAAACCUCAGCCACUUCACGACCCACGACUUUCACUGCACCAAGAAGCGACCUGGGACAACUUAGCUUAAUGCUUCACCAGGUUCACCUACACCACCUUCCCUGAUGCUUUGAACAUGUGGAAGACAAGACAUCAAAAUUGUGAGGUGCUGGUCGUCAUCUUCUGCUUGAGUGAACUUCUGACGGUGGGACUCUUGCUCUUCAGUCAUGGCUUUCUCCUCACCAGACAAGUUAUUCCCUCAAACUCCACCUGUGAUGACUUCAGAGAUGCAGAGGCAGAUCACAAGGGAGAGACAGGCAGUGCACCACACACAAGGGAGGGCUGCUGGAUGACCCCACCAUUCAAAAAGGCUAUAAUUGUGAUAAUUGACGCUUUAAGGUAUGACUUUGCACACUACAAUGCCUCCCUCAAGGAUGAAGACGCUUUGCCUUACCAGAACAAGAUGCCGGUGUUUGGGGAGAUGGUGAAGCAAUAUCCGCGUCAGGCCCAGCUCAGCCCCUUCAUGGCAGACCCCCCAACCACCACCAUGCAGCGCCUCAAGGGACUCACCACAGGAAGCCUACCCACCUUCAUUGAUGCCAGCCAUAACUUUGCCAGUGAGGAGAUAGAGGAGGACAACAUUGUGGACCAACUGGUGAGGCAUGGCCGGCAUGUCACUGUCCUUGGCGACGACACAUGGGGUGGACUCUUCCCUGGACGGUUCAACCGUUCUCAUCUGUACUCAUCCUUCAACGUGAUGGACCUGCACACUGUGGACCGUGGGGUGCUGAGUCACCUGGGGGAAGAGAUGGGCCGAGAUGACUGGGAGGUGAUUGUUGCACACUUCCUUGGGGUGGACCACUGUGGACACCGGUACGGCCCCAACCAUCCCCAGAUGGCCGCCAAGCUCACCCAGAUGAACAAAGCUGUCUCGCAAAUCAUUGCUGGCAUGGACAACAACACCCUUCUGUUGGUGCUUGGGGACCACGGCAUGACCCAGACAGGGGACCAUGGUGGUGACUCCAGGGAAGAGGUGGAGGCUGCCCUCUUUGUGUACAGCCCUGCCCUCCACCUGCCAUUCCCACCAGUCCACACCCUGCCCGUGGCACAGGUUGAUUUGGUGCCCACACUGGCCCUGUGCCUUGGCGUGCCUGUGCCUUUCUCCAGCCUGGGUAAGGUGAUGGAGAGUGCGCUGGUGACAGCAGGAAUGAGUGCUGAGGAGGCAGAGAAGCAGAGGCACCGUGGGCUACACCUCAAUGUGCAGCAGGUGAAGAGGUACCUCACAGCCUACAGGGAGCUGGGGAACACCUACCCUCAGGACCUGUGGCACAGCCUGGAACUCCUGGAGGGGAAGGCGCAGGAGAAGUCAUCGGUUGGUGGUGAGAGGACGGCCUUCUCAGAGUACUUGAGUCUGGCCAAGGUGAUGUGUGAGGAGAUCUGGGCACGCUUUGAUGUCCAGCAGAUGCUGAGUGGCCUGUGCUUGAUGCUCAGUGCGCUGGUCAUGGCUGCACUGUUCAUCCACUCCACUACACUAACAAACAUCAAAACUCACAUGGUCAAAAGAAUGCUGAUACUCACUGUUGUUGUUAACUUGUUGCUUGCAUUGUCUCAGUGGUUUGGUUUUGUUAUUUUAACCUAUGCUGCAAGUGUUUUGUUAUUAUCAUGGGUGUAUGCACACAGGCAGGAUCUGACAGUGUUACAGUUAAAAUUUAAGACAGUAGAUUGCAUUUCCUUGUUACUUGUUGGUUUCUUAUUGUUAGGAAGUUUCUCAAACAGUUUUGUAGUGGUGGAGAAUUAUGUUGUUGGUUUUGUUUUGGUGUCAUGCAUGACUUUGUACUUGUUGUUGUUGAUGUUUGAGAUUGUGGGUAAGAAGAGCUGCAGUGGGAAGGGGGUGAAGGUGUUUGGCAGUGUGUUCAGUGUGGCGUGUGGUGGCGGGUGGGCAGCGGCAGUGGUGUGUGUACGGUGCAGUGGUUGGUUCUGGCGAUGCCGCGAGGAGCAGCAUUGGUGCAUCCCAGGCCAGGCACAGGUGCCACUCUCUGGCCUGCCUCAGCAUUUGCACAACUGGCGUUACUUCACUAGCGUGCUGCUGCUGGCGGUGGCUGUGUGGCUGCCCCGACGCUGGUUGCUGCUGUGCGGCAACCUCAAUGGUGGCAGGGCAAGCGUGCUGCUGGCCAGGAUAGUGCCCGUGGUGUGCGGCGUGCUGGUGGCCGUGUGGUGGGCCAUCCAGGCUGUCAUAUCUGCCCACAACUUGGACAUCUGGGGCCACGUCAUUCCCCCACGGGUGAUAUAUGCUGCCACUGUGGUCCACAUGGCCAUGCUGGCCUGUAUGCCUCUCCUCAUAUAAGUGCCUUCCACCACCGGCAGGAAGAGCCGGCCGCCGGUGUCUGACAACCCCAACACCUUGAUACCUCACCUGUGCCACACUCUUAUGGAACAGUACAGGAGGCAGGACAGCAAGGGUCCUGCCAUCCCUGUGGUGUAUGGCUUGGCCACUGCCUUGUCAGCCCCCACAGUGGCAGUGCUAAUGGUGGUGGUGGUGGUGGUGGUGCUGGUGGCUGGGGAUGGGCUGAGUGGGGCAAUUCUGCUGCUGCUGCUGCUGGCUGCUGCUUCACUCCUGCUGCAAGCACUGUGGAAGUUGAAAACGUGCCAUAACUUCAAGGAGUUGGUGCGGCCUGGGUGGGCGGCGGCGUGCCUGUGGUUCACUCUCAGCCUUCAUGGCUUCUACUCAACGGGCCACCAGCCAACCUUCCCAGCCCUCCACUGGUCCGCUGCCUUUGUGGGGUUGGAGGGGGCACACAGUGUGGGGAACUGGGCCCCGGCUCUCCUGGUGGGCCUCAACACCUACUCCUCCCACCUCCUGCUUGGCCUGGCUCUGCCACUGGUGGUGAUGGCUCCUCUUGCUAUCAGUGUUGUCUUUCCCAGUCUUCGAGGCAGCCGUCUGGAAGGCGACGAGAUAGGCCGGGGAGAAUUCCUGUUGGUGGAGGAGCCUGAUGUGCUGAGGGAGUCCCUAAUGUCCACUGGCCUUUGCUACAUCUUUCUUCAUGCAGCCAAGGUGUUCUGCACAUCAGUGGCGGCGUUUGUUCUGCGCAGACACCUCAUGCUGUGGAAGAUAUUUGCGCCUCAUUUUAUCUUUGAGGCGGUGGGCUUCAUUGUGACCCUGCUUAGUGUGCUGGCAGGCCUGGGCUUCACUCUCAGGGUGCAGGCGGUGCUGGCUUUCUGGAGUGAGCGACUGGUAAAGGCUACCUAGUGGGAAGCAACAGGACAUGCAAGGUGAAGGAGGGUCUUGGUGUGGCCUGGUGUGUAGUGGUGCAAGAUUUCAUGUCUGGCAAGGAUAGAUCAGAAAAAUACUGGUGAUUUGUGAAGGAAUGGUAGAGUAAUUGAAGCCACACUGUAUUAGAAAGACAAAAAAUUAACCUUCUAAACUCAAAACAUCAAAAUUUGUAGAUUAUAAGAGCUGUUAUGUCCCCAAUAUUUCAUGUCUGGUAAGGAUAGCAAGAAAACACAUGAUUGGUGAAGAAAUGGUAGAAUAAUUGAGGUCACAUUGUAGUAGUAGGACAAAAAUGAGAAUUCUCAACUCAAAACGCAUCAAAAUUUAGGGAUAAGAGUAGUUAUGUCCUCAAGAUUUCAUGUCUGGCAGGGAUAGAUAAGAAAAACACUUGUCGGUAAACCCACAAUUAUAGACAAAGUCUAUAACUGUGGGUUUACUGACAAGUUUAUAUUCACGAUAGUGUGAUAUUCCAUCCCUAAAACACUUGUGAUUUGUGAAGGAAUCGUUGAGUAAUUGAGGUGACAUUAUACGAGUAGUACUAGGACAAACAAAAAUGAGCAUUCUCGACUCAAAAAACACAUCAAAAUUUGUGUAUAAGAGCAGAUAUGUCCCCAAGAUUUCAUGUCUGGCAGGGAUAGAUAAGAACACUGGUAGUUUGUGUAGGAAUGAUAGAGUAACUGAAGCCAUGUAGUAUUAGUAGUAUCAGUAGGACAAAAAAUUAGCAUCAACUCAAAACACAUCAAAAUUUGUGUAAUAUAAAACUAGUAAUGUCCCUCAUGAAGUGAAAGACCUUACCAAAAAUUUGCCUUGAUUUUUAAAGCGUGUGAUUAUUUUUUUAUCUACUUUUUAUUAUGUGUGUAUCUGGAAAGAGUGACAGUUUUAUACUUUUACAAUUUGCCACAUAAGUCGGCCUAGCUAGUCACUUAUUUCAUGGAGUGCUAAAUGAGAAGGUGCCACUCAAUCAGAUGUAUUAGUUGGAGGUUGUAAAUAACGUCUGUCAAUUAGUAGCAGUGGUUGGAGGUUGUAAAUAGUGCCAUGUGCUGCUAAGGUUAUAAUUGUGUAAAUAGUUGUUAAUAAACUUGAAGGGAU